AUAACUGGGUCACUCUAUUGACAUCUGUUGUUUAGUCUGCUCAGCAUCCUUUCCUCAUCUGCUAAAAAAAAAAAAAAAAGCUGUUGCAUUCAGAAACUGCCUCUCUCUGUCAGGUUCAUGUCACCUACACUGCAAGGUGACAGAGGCCACGGCUCUGCCUCAGUGAUUCAUGCAAAGGAUUGUAGGUGGCAGGCAAAAAACGCCUGGAUUCUGGCUGCUCUCCAGGCCGGUGACCUUCGGCUCUGGGGCCACUGGGCAGCCGCGCCUUUGGACGGGAGGAGAGGAAGGAGAGGACGCCUGGUUCCUUUGGCUGUUCGUCUCCUUCUGUGGCUUUGCCAUGGGCUCACGGAGCUCUCAUGUCGCGCUCAUUCCUGAUGUGGACCAAAUUCGCAGAGAGACGGGCUUCUCCCAAGCUAGCCUGCUCCGUCUCUACCACAGGUUCCAAGCCCUAGACAGGGAGGAAAAGGGCUUCCUGAGCCGCCUAGACCUCCAGCAGAUUGGAGCCCUGGCUGUGAACCCCCUGGGUGACCGCAUUAUAGACAGCUUCUUCCCCAAUGGGAGUCAGAGAGUGUAUUUCGCAGGCUUUGCCAGAGUCCUGGCUUAUUUUCGACCUAUAGAUGAAGACGAUGCCACACUCCGAGACCCCAAGCAACCUGAACCCCUAAACAGCAGAAUGAAUAAACUGCGCUUUGCAUUUCAGCUCUAUGAUCUGGAUCGGGAUGGGAAGAUCUCCAGGAAUGAAAUGCUACAGGUUCUCCGCCUCAUGGUUGGGGUCCAGGUGACAGACGAGCAGUUGGAGAGCAUCACAGACCGCACAGUGCAGGAAGCCGAUGAAGAUGGGGAUGGGGCCGUGUCCUUCCUGGAGUUCGCCAAGUCCUUAGAGAAGAUGAACAUCGAGCAGAAGAUGAGCAUCCGGAUCCUGAAGUGACCCCUGUGUCUUUGACUCAUGCAAACAUUUAUGGACUCGGGAUUUAUCCUCAGGCCUCUGGAAGCAGGAGCCCACAAGCCAUAUUCUACUCUGAAACUUUGUUUAAGGUUAGGAAAGGGAAUUGGAGGAGCGUGUGCUGAAGUCUCAUUUGCUCUCAGAUUUGUGAAUCAGCCAGUGAUUUGGUUGCAAGUGGCUGAAAGGCCAACCCAAAGUGACAAGAUAAAAAAGGGAAAAGGAUGACAUGGGCCUGUGACUAGACAGCCCGGAAGUAGUUGCCUUUAUGCACACCUGGAUCCAAGGACACGCAUGGUGUCAUCGGGAUUGAGUUUUGUCACCUGGGGUUCUCAGGUUGGCUGCCUUCUUGCAUUGGGAUCAUUCCUUUGGGUACGAAGAGCCGACAGCUGUCGAGACCACAUCCUCUUAGCCCUCUAACCCAGAGGACGGGAUGUCAUACUCCAGAAAUGCCAACCAAGCAGAACCAUUGACCCAGCUGGGGGCUUUUCUCUAUCUCAGGGAAGGGGUGAGGGGAGAUGGAACAUUUAAAUAGGCUAUGCCUGUGUCAUAUAACAAUUCCAAACCCUGAAUAAAUCCGGAAGACUUAGCAUAGAGAGGUGGUUGACUUAAGAAAAAUGAAGUAAUAUUAUCAGAAAAGUGUGUGUGUGUGUGUGUGUGUGUGUGUGUGUGUGUGUGUGUGUGUGUAUGUGUUUAUGUUGGUUUUGUUCAGGCAACAUGAAUGAUACAUUUCCUUACUACGUGGUUGAGCAAAUUAAGGGUAUCUUGAAAUGUGGUCCCUUGAAUGGGUUUUUUCUGAUCCCUGGAUGAAAGAUAAUGUGAUGGGGUUGGUGACUGGAGGGAGGAUGGGGUACAGUAAUAAACUUUCCUAAAGUGGAUGGUUA